UGUACUGGAGUCCCGUGCUGGACUGGGCCUCGGUCUUGCCUGGUGUCAUGCAACCGACUAUUGAAUAUGUGAUGGCGGCAGAAGACCUGAGAAUUCCCGGGGAGGGAAUUCUUAUAGGGGAUAAGAUAUACUCUGGAGUGACCUUAACUUUAGAUAACUGUCUCCUGCCACCGGAGCGACUACAGCAGAGUCCGUCCGCUGAACAUGGGCUCUCCGCGGAUACCGAGGAGCAGCUGCGAAUGCGGGGCUGUGAGUUGAUCCAGGCCGCGGGUAUUCUGCUGAGACUUCCGCAGGUAGCCAUGGCCACGGGGCAGAUCCUUUUCCAGAGGUUCUACUACUGCAAGUCGUUCGUCAGACACUGUGCAGAGAUGGUUGCAAUGGCUUGUGUGCACCUGGCUUCAAAGAUCGAAGAGGAACCACGGAGGGUACGAGACGUUCUCAACGUGUUCUACCACCUCAAGCACAGCAAAGGCAAAAGGACCCAGGUCCCCAUGCCUCUGGAUGCCAGCUACAUCAGUGCCAAGGCUCAGGUGAUCAAGACGGAGAGGAGAGUGCUGAAGGAGCUGGGCUUCUGUGUGCAUGUCAAACACCCCCACAAGAUCAUUGUGAUGUACCUCCAGGUGCUAGAGUGUGAGAAGAAUACUAAGCUGGUACAGACGGCUUGGAACUACAUGAAUGACAGUCUGAGGACAGAUGUGUUCCUGAGGUUCAGUGCUGAGACCGUGGCCUGUGCCUGUAUCUACCUGUCAGCCAGAACACUUCAGAUCCCUCUACCGGACCAGCCCCCCUGGUUCCUGCUGUUUGGUGCGUCUGAGGAGGACCUGAGGGAGAUCUGUGGGCGGAUCCUGAGGCUGUACUCGCUGCCCAACGUCUCCCUCCCCAGUAUGCUAAAAGAGGUGGACCAGUGUCACCUGGCCCUGGACGCCCGCAUCGCCAAGGCUAAGCUGGUAGGAGGGGGACUGCUGACUGUGGGUACCCCUACCCUUGAUGUCCCCUCCAGCUUCUCCCCUGCCUCCAAAGCAGCGUCACCUGCUGUACCACAGCCCAACAGGGAGUCUCCCCUAAAUCAAGUUGCCCUAAAGAAUGCCUGCCGGAAACUCACUAACGGAGACGAGAAGAAAAGAGGGAGCCGUAGUGAUGAGAGGAGAGGGACUCAGUCCAUGUCUCCUUCCAGAAGAAGACGCAGUCGCAGUGUCUCUUCUCCUUUGUGCUCCGUCUCUCCCGCCCACCGCCAGAAAAUCAGUCGCAGGGAUAGAGCGAGAGAAAGGGAAAAAGAGAGGGAGCGUCGGCGGGAACGGGAGAAGGAGCGGGGAAGAGGAAGGAGAGAUGAAUACUCACGUAGAAGAUAGCUGUUAUCAAGGAAGAGCUAUGAGCGUUACCGUAAACAGCACAUCAUGGACCAAAUACAAGCCAGACUUUCCAAUGUUUUAACUUUUGUAGAUUGUUUGUAUUACAUUAUAAUUUGGGAAACUAUGCUCUAAGAUCAUAGUCCAAAGCUUUUGUCUGAACAAUAUUUUUGAAAUAAAAAUGCUUUUAGAUGA